AUCUGGCACUCGGGAAGUGGCGCUUUGUCUCAAGCAUUUCAGUCAAGCCAAUGGACUCGUCGGUCCGAUAAGUGGAAACAAGUGCAUAGAGAGCGCUGCCGAUCGAGAGAGGCGGAACGCUGCAAAACGCGCGUGUCGCGGGAAUGGUCAACGCAAGCAACACCAUCCCGAGAAGCCAAGGGGCAUAGGGGGUCGGUCUGUGCUAUUGGGCGGCUCCACUCUCGAUAGCUGGUCUGCGUCGUUGCAAUCCGAUAUCUGCUCUGGGCUCAACGUCUAGUGGUUGCUGCUCGAAGAAAGGGCAUCGUGCACAAAUAAACCCGCGCACAGCGUCUGUCGCUUUGCGUCGCCGUCAUCUUGCCUGCGCGGAGGGAGUGAGCCCGGGAGGGGAGAGAACAAUGGUGACUAGCGGCAGCAAAAUGGAGCAAGGCUCAUCACCGGACGAAGGCGUGGACGUUCACAACAUCGCGUCCGUGUCUGCUGCCACUCUGAGUGCGACUGUGGCCUCUGUCUCUUUACAUGCUGCACCGGCACUCCUCGUCGAGGGCAUGUUCCUUUCUCGCCUGCACGCAGACGGAAAGACAGGAGGAGUAGACGCCGACCUGGAUGCAGAUGCGGCUCAGCUGCAAGUGCGGCUGCUCACCCCCUUCUUGCCGCCGGAAAAGCUCGACUUGAUGGACGACUUUUCCAUCUCGAGCGCCGCGCCUGGAUCGCUCAUUGCCAGCAGAGGCCUCGAUGCCGAUCUCUAUGUCCCACCUGUAGGCCUGCCGUCCGCUCGCCCCCCGGUUGGUGCUGACGAUACUGCCGGCACCAGCGCUAGCGGCAACGGAGGUGUCAUCGGCUUGAAAGGAAAUCUUGGCAAGAAGAACAAAGGAAAGGGCAAAGCGAUAGAUCAGGAAGUUGGGUUUGCGCAAGACCUCAUGCAAGGCAUGCCUCGGGUAGAGAUCCGCACAGGGAAAGUGGCAGAUUCUCCAGCGGACGCUGCAACGCCGUUUCGCAGCGCUAAGGGCAAACGGGGAAAAGCCGCAGUGGACAAGGCCAUCGGUGCGGCAGCGGGGCGGGGAGUGGCGGGAGCAGGAGUGGGACUGAAGAAGCGCGCAGCGCCGCGCGAGGUUGGACUUGGCGCCGCUGGGAUCGGCGGCAACAUCCACAUCCAAGGUCUGCCGGAGAGCAGCUACCUGCAUCACUCUUCGUCUGAUACCUUUGCGCAACUUCUGCGCAGCCCAGGUGGCGAUGGGAGAGGGCAAACAUCAGCCGCCGUAGCGAGGCGGCCACGUCGGUCGCGCCCGCAAGCGACGUCCUCCGGCAAGAUGGCCGCGAUCGGCGCAGGCGGGCGUGGAAGGUACCGCAGUAUCGGCGGAAAUGGAGGCGGAGGUGGCGAUUAUGGAGCGGGCAUCAGAGAUUUGUCCGCAGGCUCGCUGGGCACAUUCUCGCCCGACUCCCCGCGCCUUGCGUUUACCCGUGGCAGAGGGGGAGGGCCGGAUGAAGACGUGUAUGGAGAUGAUGCAAGCGGGAGACCCCGGAAGCGCAAGCACUGGGUGCACAACCUGUUCCGACCAAGUCAUGGGACGGUCGAGGUAUGGCUCAAUAGCUGGUGGAAGCGAUGGGGAAUCCUGGCCGUUGCGCCCAGCUGUAUCGUCUGGUUUUGGUGCGCUUUCCCAUUCCCCAAAUCGGAUCCGUACGAUCCCAACGGACCAUGGUGCUCAGUGCCGAACCCACCACCAUGGUGCUCAGUCGAUAGAAACCCGUCUCAUGGCACCUACGACAUGAGCCCCUCCUCAUUAUCCACCUCCCGCAAUUCAACACCCGCAGCGUACUUCGCCUUAUCAGCCUCGUCAUCUCAUCGGAUAGGAUCCAUUGCCAGGAAUAUACCCUCGCUCUCGUAUACCCUGUACACCUGGUUUGUCGAACCUACCAAGGCUGGCAUGGAUCCCACCGGCACGAAUCCUGCCCCGCCGCCGACCAGCCAAGUCGACGCAAACUUUUGGUUUUUCUUGAUUUUUUAUUAUGGCAUGUAUUGUGCAGUCGGACUCAUCUAUGUCACGCAACUCUUCUCGCUCUACCGCCUCAACUGGUGGCCAGCCGCGUUGGGCGCGCGGACGUCCUACACGUUCUUCUGGCUUGCUUCCCUGCUCCUUGGGUGGGCAUUGCAUGAAUUUGACCCGCUCGGCAGCGAGCAACGACGACACGACCGUGUCGGUGGAAGCGGUCGCAAUGGCGAUUCGCCUUCGCCUCUACCAUCGCCCACACCAGUGCCAGGGCCCGGCCACGGUGGGCCGUGGUGGGACGGCGACUUGGCGGACGAAGUGCAAUGGCAGCGCAAGACCAUGUGGGUCGCACUGGCUUUUGCGACGAUGGCUAUGCCUGCACUCGUAUGCUUUGCGGGGAUCAGGCGCAGCGGAAGGCAGACGUACAGGCAUAGCUUGACGGAUUUGCAGAAAACCUUCCUCGAACGCCAGCUCGUGCGUCGCAUUCCAUCUUCGUACAUUCGUUUUCUAUGGUUCAUGCUUGUCAUCGGCUUUGCGCUCUUUGGGCUCGUGGCCGGCCAAGGGUACGCCAGUGUCUACCUCAGCACCUUGCCUCAUACCAGCAUCGAAGGCACAGCGUACGUCACCUUCUGGGCCCUCACCGUCAAUGUGCUCGCCAUCGCUAGUCAUUGGAUGCUGGAAGAGAAGAUUAGGAGCAGAGCACUUGUCUUUGUCUUCAAGUAUUACUACUUUUUGGUCUAUUUCAUCUUCUACCGAAACCUAUUCGCGCGUCUGCGCAGCUUUGACCAGUUCGCGCUCAUCCAGCUGCUGAGCUCUUUCUGGGUGUGCAUCUGGUAUCCAUUCAGUAUGUCAAGUUUCGCGUACCGUACCGUGGAGUUUUUCAACCCGCACCCCAAGUCGUGGGAGGAGUACGUCGAGGGCGUCGGACUUGCGUUCUACCUGCGCAACUUGGCACAGAAUGCAACGAUGCUUGCGUUCCUCGGCUGGGUGUCCAUCCUGCACUUUGGCCCGAACCAGCAGCUGUAUCCUUUCUUCGCGUUCGACGACAAGCGUGAUCCAUACAACUACCAGCUGACGAUGCUGGGCGCCUCGGCCAUCUGGGGAUCAGAGCUGCUUUCGUCCUAUGUUGCUAGAGAGAUCUGCAAGUACACUUUUGGCGUUGACGUGACCAAUCUGGGCCUCGACGAGAUGCGGCAGUACCCAGAGAUUGUGCCAACAUGCCUUUGGACAAGCGUGCACGUCCUGAUGGACAUGCUUCUCUUCCUCAUCAAGCUCAACUUCAAAUGAGGCGCCUUCCAAUUCAUUUUGUCCUAGCAAUCGGCUAUUGUAAAAUUCUACUGUUUACCUGCCAUGCAUGAUGAUACCUUCGUCCUCGUUCCCACCCUU